GCCUGUUAUAUACAUCAUUAAAACGACAAGGAAGGCCAAGUGCAACAUUCACGCUGUUUUAGAUGUGCAUAGGAACCUACAAGUUUUAUGGUUGUAUGGUCAGUGGCUACUUUGUAAAGACUACAGUCAUUUACUGGCAUUUAAUCUUAUCUGAGGUCCAAAGCUCAUGCUGCUAUGUUCGUUUGCCAAACACCACAUCGAAAGUUUCUGGUUGACUAACCGAAAACAGUAAAUUGAGCCAAAGCCACAGUUAUUGCUGAAAAGUUUGGGUAAUUAUGGUGAAUGCAUGCUCAGGUGGGCCUAAAAAAACACAAACAGUCUGGACAUUUCUGUUAUGUACACAGACACUGGUAGACUAUAGAGCAUAAAAGUGAAAGUCCCAUCUUGAGAAUCUAGCAGGAAAGAGUGUAUGUAUUAUAUUGAUGAGGUAGCGUACACAAGGCCGCUCCUGGAUAAACAACUUUGCGCGGAAACACAAUCAUUCUCACCAUUUCAGAAAAACAGUUGUUGUGGAAAUCAUUUACCAUGCUACAAUAAAACUCACCGGUGAUGUAAGCAGUGCUAAAGGCUUCGGAUAGCUUGUUGAAACCAAUCUGCUCACAGAGAGAGGACACAUC